AAGUGACGAUUAUCCCCUGCGGUUGUCGUCGAUGAGCACGGUCGUUUACGCGUCGGCGGCAAGGGAGACGACAUCGAAACGUGAGCGCUGGGAAAGGCAGACGACCAUCGUCAGUGCGUGGUUCCCAAGAUAUUGCACAGCCACCGACGCUGUGAUCUUGCGCGUGGCGGUGUUUGUGGAGUCCAGUGUGAAUCUCGUGAUGUCAUCGGAAGCGGCGUUUGGGAUGGACGUUGACGGCGGGGCAGGGCGCUGUGGUUUAACGACGGCGGAGAGGACGGCUAUUGCUGCGGUGGUUGAUGUCGUCCUCUUCCGCUGCCAGAUGGCGAGCAAUGACGCAAACUUCAAAGCGGCUGUUUGUGCACGGCACAAGCUCAUGGCGCUUCCGACGACUGGGCAGUGCUUGGAUGUGGCUGCCAUUUCCGACGCGGUGCUGGAGGUCUGCUACGCGAUGGGGUGUGGGGGGUUUCCACGGGCGACUCCACGGUGGUGGGUGAAGCGGCGAACCGGCGGCACGUGGGAGGAUCUGCGGCAAUGUGAUGACGCCACGGAUGAUUACUUCAAGGAGAAGCUUUUAAUGUCGCCUCGUGUUUUCCGCGAGAUCGCGGAGACUCUUUCCCCACUCCUUGAACGUCGUGUGACGUUCUACAGGGUGCCUUUGCAGCCAGACCACAUCAUUGCGUAUGCACUGUACAGGUGGGUGACGGGGGAGACGUACGACAGCGGGACGUGUAGCUUCGACAUCAGGAGGGCUUCCGGCAUCACGGCGGUGCGUGACGUCACGGCGGCGUUGCUGACUGCUUACCCCGACAAGAUAUCAUGGCCCACAGGUUUGCAGAAGGCGGUCGUGUUGUGCGCCUUCCCAAACAAGGGGUUUCCAAACUGCCAUGGGUGCAUCGACUGCACACAUAUCUACAUCAACAAACCCACGAACGCCAACGGUGAGGACUACUGCGACAGGAGACGUCGAUUCUCCGUGCAGGCGCAAGUGGUGGUCGACAUGAACUUGCGUGUGUUGGACGUCUUCGUCGGUUAUCCGGGGAGUGUGCAUGACAUGAGGAUGCUGAACCUGUCGAGUUUGUGGGUGCGCGCGGAGUCAAGAUAACUUUUCACUGGCCCGCAUGUGAUGCUGCCUUUCGGUGUGCGGACUAAUGGCUACUUGCUCGACGACAAUGGUUAUCCGCAGUC